AUGUCAGAGUUCUCUGCUCUACUGAAACAGCGUGACAUUGAUCGAUUUGAACAGAGAGGUGACUCGGGCAAUUACCCUGACACAGUUGAUGAACGCAAGGACAUCAACGCACUACUCUCGGACUAUGAGGCAGAGGAGUACACACGCGACAGAGACACACUGGAGGGCCUACUAAAGACCCAGGCCACACUCAAGAGUACUCUAUCCAAUCUAAAGAACCGAUUCGAGCGAGUCAAACAGUUGGGUAUGUAUGAACAGUUCAUUUCACCCGUCGAUGCCAAGGCAAUCCAGGAUAAGAUCGAUGCAAGAGAAGCUGACCAACUUAAGGUCAAAUCAAUGGUAACUGACCUCGCUUCAAGGUUGGGUCUCGAUAACGACGAGAAGAAGUUAGGUCUCAAAACAUACAGGAUGGAGAUCUAUCGCAAACACCAAUGA